AUGAAAAUUUGCCAGACAAAGGAGAACCAUGAAAUCAGGGACUAUGAUACCAUUACAUCUUUCCUUGAAUCCUGGGGACCAUUUCAGAGGAGGAUUUUUUUGGCAUUGGCCAUCAGCAUCCUACCGAAUGGAUUUACUGGAAUCUAUAUUGUAUUUGUAGGUGACACCCCAACUCAUGAAUGCCGCAUUCCAGAGAACAACAACAUCAGCGAGAUGUGGAGAAAUGUGACAAUUCCCCAGGAAACAAUUGAUGGUGUCACAAAGCGAAGCUCUUGCUGGAGGCUGAACCUACAAACAGUCAGAAACUACUCUCACAUGAACAUUACACCCAAUGUUGAUGUGAAUGCGAGUGAAAUUCCCUGGGAGAAGUGUCUAGACGGAUGGACAUACAGCAAAGAAGUCUACCAGUCAACAAUUGUUACAGAUUGGGACUUGGUAUGUGAUGACGCUUACAAAAUUCCACUGACAACCUCUAUUCAUUAUGUUGGGGUUCUAAUAGGAGCUAUGGUAUCAGGCCACAUGUCGGACAGGUUUGGAAGGAAGCCUAUUCUCUUUGUCAUGAUGGCUGUACAAACCAUAGCACUGACAGUACAGAUCUUCUCACCCAGCUGGGAGAUCUUUACCUUCAUCUUUUCCCUUGUGGGGGCUGGAUCCUUCUCCAACUACAUAAUAGCAUUUGUUUUAGGAUCCGAACUUCUCAGCCCCAGAACCCGAGUUGUGUUCUGUUCCCUUGGUGUUUUUAUGGGCUCCGCUGUAGGUUAUAUGGCCAUGCCUGCCGUGGCCUACUUCAUUCGUGAGUGGAGAUUGCUGCUGAUUGCAAUGGCUGCAUCUGGACUUAUCUACAUUCCUCUUUGGUGGUUACUCUCAGAGUCUCCUCGCUGGCUGCUUUCUCAGGGGAGAGUAGAAGAGGCUGAAGCCAUUCUUAGAAAAGCUGCAAAGAUGAAUAAAAUAGAAGUCCCUCAGGAGAUUUUUAGUCGAUUCGAGAUUGAAGAUGCUUUGUCCAAGAGAGAGGAAAAAACAAAUCCACUGGUCAUCCUGAAAAGCUGCAAUAUAGCAUCUAUUACAGCUGUGUGUGCCAGUCUUUGGAUGGUUAUCACCAUCAGCUAUUAUGCUUUGAUCCUCAACACUUCAAAUCUUCACGGUGACCCCUAUCUAAACUGCUUCCUGUCUGCUGUGACAGAGGUUCCUGCAUAUAUAUUUGCCUUGCUGCUGCUGCGGUUCUGCUCCAGGCAUAUUUGUCAGUCCUCCACUCUUUUCCUCGGAGGUGUAAUGAUACUCUGUGUUCGGCUCAUACCAUUCGAUUUACCCAGUGUGGCUAUAACUCUUGAGAUGUUUGGUAAAUUUGGAGUGACUGCAGCCUUCUGCGUGGUGUAUUCAGUCACAUCAGAGCUCUUCCCUACUGUUAUCAGAAAUACAGCAAUGGGUUGGUGUUCGAUGGCUGCCCGUAUUGCAACCAUCAUCUCUCCUUUCAUCAUUUAUCUAGGUUCAGUUUAA